AUGGAGAAUGGGGUCCUCCCCAUGGACGAGAUCGAAGCCCGGCAAGUGCAGCGCCGAGCGUCCGCCUACAGCAUCAUCAACAACGAGCUCGUCAAGCGCAGCUCCAUGGGUGUUUUUCAGCGCUGCGUCGAGCAGGACAAGGGCAUCGAGAUCCUCCUCGACAUACACCAGGGCGAAUGCGGGCACCAUGCCGCCUCGCGUUCCCUGGUGGCCAAAGCUUUCCGCCACGGUUUCUACUGGCCCACGGCCCUCAAAGACGCGGAGUCGCUCGUCCUCAAGUGCGAAGGAUGCCAGCGCUUCAGCAAGCGCAGCCACCAGUCGGUGUUGGCGCUCCGCACCAUCCCGAUCGCCUGGCCCUUCGCGGUCUAG